AUGAUACGCUAUGAUUUACCAUCAGUUGCCAUCGAGAACGUCGCCACUUCGAGCGUUGUUAAGUUGGUUAGCCUAUCAAUUGACUGUAAGCGAGCAAAUUCUUCCGAUCUCUCCUUGAUCUCCAAUGGCUUACCGGUCGACAGGCAAAGCACACCAGAGAGUGAACUCUCCACCUUGAAUGAAGAUGAAUUACAGUCACACAGCUCAACCUCAUCCUAUUAUGCCUCUGGAGUAAACAUCGGCUCAAAUUCAGAUAAUAUGCUGUUAGUAGCUGCAAUACGUUCAACAUGUUCGAACAAUGUUAAAACAAGAAUGAAAGCCCUGAAAUGCCUGUUCAAGAUUGCAACCCGUCACCGAUCAAAUUUGCCGUAUUUUGUGGAUUCAUUCUUCGACCUAUGCUUCCAUCGUUUUAAUGAUACGUCAAUUCUUAUACGCAAAAUGGUAUUGAAUCUACUGAUGAAGGCACCGAUUUCCACUAAUCUGAAAACGACUGAAACCCUUGAUGUUGCGAUUGAGCGUUCAAAGGAUGUCGGCUCUGCUGUUCGAAAGAAAUCUGUUCAGCUGCUAUCAAAGUUAUAUACAUAUAGCGAAAAUCAAACAUCCCGAGUCAAAAUCCUGAGUGCAAUAAUGAUGGCCACAGUGGACCUUGAACAGGCCGUGAGUAAUGCUGCAGUAAAAGCAGCGAGGGACUUCUUAUUUGGAGAUGACUUCUGUCAAAUGGUCGCUAUAGAAAGGGCGGAAUUACUGCUGUUGACAACGGAGUCCUUGUACAAUGGUGGCCAUGUCGAAAUCAUGAGACAGCUCUAUGUUCAGUGCAAAGACGGCUUGGUCCCAUCAUCCAGUGAAAUUCAUCUGGCACGAGAUUUAGCAUCGACUUUAUUACACCAAUAUAUUGCCACAGACACACCUGGAAACCCUAAUGGCAAUCUAUUCAAUAUUCUCGGCUACAUCAUAAGUGAUAUUAUCAAAAUCCAACCUGAAGCUAUCACCAUCGCAGACAUUCAUUUGAUGUCUUCCAGUGUAGAUACUUGCGAGGAGAAGAAGACUUUCUGCAUACUGACUAUACUGGAGGCUGUAAGCUGGAAGAAGUUCUUGCAACACAAGAGCAUUAUGGAGGAACUUAAACGGUUGAUUUCCAACAUGAUUCGGAAGCCACUGUCAUACAGGGCUUUAGAAAAGUCUGUCAACUGUUUAUGUUUAAUUGACAGUAGCAAGUCAAUCAAAGUUUCAAAAACUGCAUUAACUAAACUGAUUCAUCUCGUGCACGGCAAGGAAAUUUCGAUGCAUGCUCAUGAUAUCGUCAUUCUGUCUGUAACAUCAGCAAUAUGUGCCUGCAACUCCUAUAGACGAGAAAGCGGAGGUGAAAGAAAACACGAAGAAUCCAACAUACAUCUUUUAAAUGUUGUCAAGGAAAUGCUUUAUGUUGUUCGCUGGUCAAUUCGAAAUGAAUCAAGUCAGAGAGAUAUCGACAUAAUUGGAAAAUCCGCUAUUCGCUGUUUAGGCAUUCUUCUUUACGCCAGACCUGAUUUAUUAACAAGUCAGCCCAUUCUGCAGCUGUUCGAUAACAUGAUUAACACAGCCAGUAAUGAGCUCAAAAUUGAGUUGUUGUAUGUACUUAAGAAACUUCUGCUAAAGGAAUAUGAGAACGACAAUGAGGAAUUACAGCAAACUGAACACUUCACCAAAUGGAGCGCACCAGCCCUAGAAAAUAGCAAACACAAUUCUGUUUCUGCCAUUGUCCAAGCGCAUUUCAAAAAUAUUACAGAUUUAGUCCUGGUCAACGACAUCUAUAUGCAAACAGCUGUAGUGAGCGUCAUGACAGAAAUCGUAAAACAGGGGAUAGUUCCACCGUCAAUGGCAAGUAUUCAUUUGAUUGAGAAUCACCAUCUGUCCUCGAGGGCAAAGAAGUUAAUGUCAAAGGGUCCUUUAUUAGUGUCUUCCAUCUAUUGUACCCCUCAGCACAAGUACAUUCGUACCAAUUUCAAGAAGGUCCUCCUGUCUCCUAGAAUAUUUGUUAGCACGGAACGCAAGUUUGCUACACAACAGAGAGACUGA